AGAUAGGCCACAUCGCCGGUCCUUAGAUCACCGCUCCGGCCUGCCUCGCCCUGCCCCGCUCGCUGCCUGGCUCCCCCUGCACCCUGCCUACGGACUAUAGCACGCCUUCGCACGGCGCUUAGUGAUAGCUUUUGAGAUUCAACGCUCCUAAACAUAAACAAGUGCAAAAGGGCGUCUGUACCACACUUUCUCAACGAUACCGCAUGCCUUGCAACUUGAGUGCGUUUCCAUAGGCCUCGAUAAGACUCCACCUAACUCUAUUAGGUCAGCCACCAUGGCGGCGUCUUCGCCCCUGGUCCGGCUCAGGCGGCUUGCGCUGCCCCUAGCGCUUGUAGUGCUGUGCGCUGCCGCGGCACAUGGCCAGACGUUGAGCUCAGCUGUCCUCACAGCCUCGAACACUAUUAUGGCUACGCUAUCAAACGUUACCACUUCUACAGAUUGUCGGGCAGCAUUCGCUUACUUUGACUCAAACAACGCGACCAAGGCCGCGUCUCCCUUCGCCAACUGCACUGUCAGCGGCACAACCUCCGUGACUCUGAUUCUGGCCAGCGGCGUCAGCUACGCCGCCGGCGACCAGCUGAACAUCAAGGUCAAUCAGACCACACUCAACACCACGGCGGGGGUUCCCUUUGUGCCAGCAGCUGCGGCUGCGGCAGUGCAGCCAGUGCUGGGUGCCGCGACCCUGACGACCGCGUCCAGCCUGGUGGUGAAGCUGCCGCUGUCUUCUGGCAACACCAUGCCGGAUGGGUACGCCACAAACAUGACCAUCUGCGGCGCGGCGGUGCAGCUGCUGUCGGCGGCGGGCGCGGUGAAGGCCAGCCCCUUCUCAGCCUGCCUGCUGGCUGCGGACACGCUAACCCUGACGCUAACCAGCUCCGGCACCUAUGCCCCUGGCGACGUGGUGAAUGUUGUUGCCGGUCAGAGCACGCUAAAGAACGGGGCCACCAGCUACACCAAGUCAGCGGCUGGAAGUGUCAUCCGCCCCACCCUCACCACCGUGUCGCUGGCCACCACCACCACCAUCCUCAUCGGUGCCUCAGCGCCCGUCUCCCUCCCGGCCAACGCCAGCGCAGACGUGUGCAACUCCAUCUUCACGGUAGCCCUUAAGAGCGGCACGGCCCUGCCCACGGCCCUGUCUGCCUGCAUGGCCGGCCCUGCUGUCACCGCCAUCACCGCCACGUUCGCCAACGGCACCACCUACUCUGAUGGCCUGACCGUGACCAUCAAGGCCAACCAAACCCUGUUGCGCACCGGCGACCAGUCCGCGUCUUCGCCGCUGUUCCUGCCCCCUGCUUCCGCGCUGGUGAUUGCCCCCACCGUCCUCUCCGCGUCCCUGACUUCAGCCACCAGCAUUACCGUACAGCUGCCAGUUUCCAGCACGGCUAGCGGGACUCUGGAUGCGGCGGGCUGCAACGGAGCCUUUGAGCUGCGCGCGGCGGGCUCCUCUGCGUCCAAGUCCAGCCCCUUCUCGGCCUGCGCCCUGGCGUCCAACAACACCGCCCUGGUCCUGACCCUGGCCUCCGCCUCCACCUACACGGCUGGCGACAUCUUCAACGUCAAGAGCGGCCAGUCGCUGCUGCAGGUGGGCAGCACCGCCUACGUGCCCCAGGCCGUCAGUGUGCUGCCCACCCUCUCCACCGCCAUCCUGGUCGCCGCCUCCGUCGUCCGUGUCGGCCUGCCGGUGGUCUCCUCCAUCCCCGCCCCCUACUCCGCUGACGACUGCGCGCGCUCCGUCAUCAUUGCCGCCGCCAACUCCACCGCCGCAAAGGCCAUUUCGGGCUGUGUGCUGUCCGCUGAUGGCAAGGCCCUGCUCGUUACCCUUGGCGCCGCCUACGCUGCCGGUGACACCGUGAACGUGCGCACCGGCCAGUGGCAGCUGCGCGCGGGCGCCUCCGUCACCCUGGGCCCCAACUACAUCGCCGCCUCCACCCCCGUUGCCAUCGUGCCUGGCUUCAGCUCGGCUGUGCUGACAUCCGCCACCCAGGUCACUGUGCAGCUGCCCCUAGCCAGCGCGCUCCCCGCCACCAUCUCUGCCUCCGAGUGCGGCGACGCGUUUGACCUGCUGGACGCCUCCGGCACCACCUCGCGUGUGAGCCCCUGGACCGGCUGCUCCAUCGGCUCCAACAACACGCUGGUGCUCAACAUGACCGCCGGCAUCUACGUGGUGGGCGACCAGGUCACCCCCAAGUCGGGCCAGACCAAGCUGACGUUCGCCAACACCACCGCCUAUGGCGUGCUGCUGACGCCCAUCAACCCCAUCCUCACGGCCGCCACCACCGCCAUGCUGACCGCCUCCUCCACCAUUGUUGUGGCCCUGCCGUACGCCGCCAACCUGCCGGCCUCCACCAACAACGGCACCGUCUGCAACGCCGCGUUUGACCUGGUCUCUGCUGCCGGCGCGUCCAGGACUGCUCCCUUCAGCGCCUGCUCCAUCUCUGGCGGCACCACGCUGACGCUCACCAUUGCCUCCACGGCCUCCUACACCGCGGGUGACCGCAUCAACGUCAAGUCCGGCAACAGCGCCUUCCUGGGCUCCCUGUCCGCUUCAGGCCCGGCCUUUGUCCACGCCGGCACCGCCAUCGUCAUCACGCCCACUGUCGUGUCCACCGCGCUGAUCAGCAACACCAACGUGUUUGUGUCGCUAUCGGCACCCACUUCCGCCUCCGCCUUCAACCAGUCCAUCUGCAACGGCGCCUUCGACGUGUCCGGGCUCGCCACGCCCUUCACCAACUGCACGCUCAGCGCCGACGGCACCGGCAUCAGCUUCCUGCUUGCCAGCGCGGGCUCCGUCACCUCGGGUGUCACCACCAUCAACGUGAAGAGCAGCCAGCUAUUCCUGCUCGCCGCCGGCUCUGGCUCUAGCGACAGCCCAGCCUUUGUGCCCCGCGGCUCCGCCCUCACCAUCAGCGAGGCCAAGCUUGCCGGCGCCUACCUGACAGCUGCCAACACCAUCAUCGUCAAGCUGUCGGUGGCCGCGGCUGCAGUGGACGGCUUCUCCUCCUCCUGCAACAACGUGUUUACGCUGUUUAACUCUUCCGGCACCGCGCGCGCCAGCCCCUUCUCCGCCUGCACGCUGUCGACGGACGGCCUGACCGUGACCCUGACCACCAGCUCCUGGGUCUCCACCGACAAGCUGAACAUCCGGUCUGACCAGACGCUGCUCAAGGUGCUGGGCGCCGCCAACGGCCCCAGCUACCCCGCCCUCAGCAGCGCCACCGAGGUGUCGCCCGCCAUCACCAGCGCGCACAUCACCUCGCCCACCACCAUCAUCGUGCCGCUGCCCGUGGCCUCCGACCUGACCGGCUCCAGCUGCUCCUUCCUGGUGCUCACCGCCGCCACAUCCAAUUGCGCCCUGAGCAACAACGGCACCCUGCUGACCGUGACGCUGAGCGGCUCCUACACCAUUGGCGACACCAUCAACAUCAACGCCCUCAACUCAGCGCUGCGCGGCACCUCGUCCACCGGCGCCCUGUACCAGCCCGUGUCCGGCGCCACCGCCGCCACCAUCCAGCCCACCAUCGGCGCUGUGCAGGUCACCACCAGCACCCGCCUGCUGGUGACCCUGCCCGCCGCCAUGUCCUCGCCGGUGCCCAACCCGCUCACCGCCGACGCCUGCAAUGCCGCGCUAGACCUGUCCGGCAAGUCCAGCCCCUUCGCCGCCUGUACCGCCUCCGGCACCACCCUGACCCUGGACCUGGCCAGCGCCUUUGUUCCUGGUGACCGCCUGAACGUCAAGUCCACCAACACGGCUCUGCGCCUGGGCACCGGCGCCUCCGCGCUUUUCUUCCAGCCCCUGGCCACCUCGCCUGCCAACAUCCUCAACCCCACCUUCGUGAGCGCCAAGGCCACCUCCACCUCGGUCGUGGUUGUGUCCCUGCCUGCGGCCAGCACUUUCGUCAAGUCCGGUUCCGCGACCGCGGGCCUUGUCAAGGCGGACUGCGACACUGUCCUGGCCAUGAGCAGUGGUUCCCUGGUUGGCAGUGGCAACGCCUGCGACCUCAACACCACUAGCAGCAGCCAGCUGAUUGUCACGCUCGCCGGCACGACCUAUGCGCCAGGCCAAACGAUCAACGUGCUGACGACCAACACCAUGCUGCUUGCGGGCAGCUCCUCCGGCCCCGCCUACCAACCGCGCACCAUCACCAUCAACCCCGCUUACCUGUCGUCAGACGUGGUCGCCACCGCCCCCGACACCGUUGUCGUGACCCUGCCCGUCACCAGCGGUCUCUUUGCUGCGGACGGCUCUUCCCUGGGCAGCACCCUGACCGCCGCGCAGUGCGCCACCGUGCUGGAGGUCAAGGCCGGCACCACCGCCAAGGGCCUCGCCUCGUGCUCGCUUGCCGGCACCACCCUGACCGUGAAGCUGCUGGGCAACAACAGCGAUGUUUACACUGGCGGCGACACCUUCAACUUCAAGGACACCAACGCCCUGCUGCUGGCCGGCAGCGCCAACACCGCUCCCGCCUACAAGGCGCUGGCCACCGCCGCCGUCAUCGUGCCCAACCUGUACAAGGCGGUCGCGUCCGCAGGCGACACCAUCCUCAUCACCCUGCCCGCGGCCAGCACCUUUGUGGUCAGCGGCUCCGCGGUGCUGUCCGUCUCGGAUACCGUCUGCAACACCAUCCUCACCUUUACCAACAGCAAGACUGUCAAGUCCGGCACCAACUGCGUCAUCACCGGCGCCGUCCUGAGCCUCACGCUAAACUCCGCCAUCACGGACCAGACCACCGUCACCAUCAACAGCGGUGGCCAGACCACCCUGGUCUCGGGCACCGGCACUACCGGCCCCGCCUACAAGGCCGGCACGGCUGCGCCCAUCAGCCCCGCGUACCUGACGUCGGCUGCGGCCCGCUCGGCCACCUCAAUUGUAGUGACCCUGCCCUUCACCUCCACGGUCAACGGUGCCACAUUAACAAAGGCCACCUGCGACACCAUUGUGGAGGUGCUGAACGGCGGCGACGCCACCAAGCCCCGCACCCUGGACUCCGGCACGCCCUGCACCCUGGCUACCACCCUGCUGACCGUCAAUCUUGCCGCCACCGAGUCCUUCGCUCCCGGCGACACGGUCCGCAUCAAGUCCGGCAACACCGUCCUGCUCAUCGGCAGCGCUGGUGGCAACGCCCCCUACGUCCAGGCUACCACUGCCACGCCCAUUGCUCUGGGCUACGUGACCUCGUCCAUCGCCACCAAGGCCACGGAGAUCAAGGUUACCCUCCCCGUGCCCAUCACCCUGAUUAAGGCCGGCGUCUCUGUCGCCUCGCUGGACAAGACCGACUGCGACACACUGCUCACCGUCGCGUCUGGUACCCUGGCGGCCACCGGCUCGUGCGCACUGUCCGGCACCGUGCUGACCAUCACCACCACCUCCACCUACACGCCCGGCACAACCACCGUGCAGUUCACUGCGGUUGCCUCCAGCGCCAGCGUGAAGAUCUUAGGCGGUGCCGGCACCACUGGCACCAUCAUUGCUGCCCUGUCUGCGGCCAGCUCGGUCCUGCCUGGCUACCUGACUUCGGCCGUCAUCAGCGGUGCCAACACGUUCACGCUGACGCUGCCCUACGCUGUCACUUCUGGCGGCAACCCCACCUGCAGCGACAUCAUUGAGAUCAAGGCGGCCAACGGCGCCAUGAAGACCUUCAACGGCGUCUGCAGCGUCGCGUCCGCCACCACCGUGACCGGCACCACCAACGAGGCCUUGCUCGCCUCCGACACGGUGACGCUCAAGGGCGCUCAGAAUGCCCUGACAACCACCACGGGCAGCAAGAUCUACGCGGCCACCGCCGCCAUCAACAUCCAGCCUGCCUACCUGACCGGCGCCUACGCCAUCGACGACAAGAAGUUUGUGGUGGUGCUGCCUUACGCCAGUACCCUGGCCGCCGGCACCUGCUCGAGCAUUGUGUCCGUCACCGACAACAACAAUGGCCCCGCGGAGUCUGGCUGCAGCCUGGCCCUGGACGGCACCGGCAUCUACCUGACCGUGACUGUCAGCGCCAGCCUGACCGCCACCGCCUGGAAGGUGGACUUCAAGGCCGCCCAGACGGCCCUCACGGUGGGCAGCACCGCCUGGGCGCCCAUGGCCACUGGCACCGCCAAGUCCCUGAACGCCGGCGCCACCACCUGGGGCAGCAGCAUCAUGACCGCCACCGCCGUCGCCACCAACGUGCUGGAGGUGACGCUGCCCAUGUCCAGCUACAUGGCCGACAUCUCCAGCGGCUGCUCGCCCGUGACCUUCUCCACCGCCAACACCGCCGCCUCCUGCAAGCUCAUCGGCACCACCUCCAGCCCCAACAGCAUCCUGCAGAUCACACUGACAGCCGGCUAUGUUGCGGGCGCGGUGUCACUCGCUAACGCGGCGGGACUGAUUAAAGCGGGCAGCGCGUCAGGCACAGCCAUUGGUGCAGCCAGCACCGUUACCAUCAAGCCCACCUUCGUGUCAGCCGUCGCCACUGGACCUCGGACCAUUGUUGUGGCUCUGCCUAUUCAGAGCAAGAUCAUCAAGGGUGCUCCGACAUGCACAGGCGGUGCCGUCACUUGCAGUAGCGGAACCGCUACCUGCCAAUCCGGCUCUCCAGCUUGUUCGGCUGCUGGCACCUACACUUGCACGGCAACUGACCCGACGGUUGGCCUGACGUGCGCAGCGCCAACCGUUACCUGCCCCGCCAGCACAACCGCGGCGUGCAUCACUGGUGGAUCUCCAGGCUCCAUUGCCACUGCUGGAAACGGACCCGGGUGUGCUGCAGCAACAACUGACGGCGGCACAGCUGCGUGUGGUGCGGGCAUCUCCGCUGUGUGCUACAGCAGCUCCUUGACUACUGCGGCACGAUGUGCCAGUGGCUCGGCUUUCAGCGCAGCAAAUGGCAACAACUGUGAUGAUAGUGCUUCAAGCAUCGACCUGGACCCCACUUGCUACACGUCUUCAACAAUGACGGCAACAGCCGUCAGUGACGCAGCGCUCUGCACAGGCUGGAUAUCUGGCAUGCCAACAUGUAGUUCCAGUGGAAAGUUCGCUUGCGUCUCGGCUACCGGACCUACCUGCACUGCAUCCACCGCCCCCACUUGCAAGAGCCCCUUCACUGGCACCGCAAAUUGCGCAAUAACCUUCUCUUGUGGCGGCACCGGCCUGGUGGUUCCCACUUGCACUGGGAGCUUCACCGGUUGCUCCAAGGGCACCACCGGCGACACCUGCGAUGAUGACAUCGCUUCUCCUGCGGACUGCUCGACAAUCUUCAGCCUCACUGGCGGCACUGCGACCAUUGCCGGCUGCAGCAACCCGGGCUCUGAUUUCACUGCACCGUACACCACCACCGUGACUCUGGCCACCGCGAACUGGGUGCCCGGCACCACCCUGUCGGUGGCCGCGGACCAGGCCGCCGCCGCCGCGACCAACUACCUGAAGCCCACAGCUGCCAUCACUCUUCUGUACACCACCAAGCCCAGCGGUGCCGUCGUAAUCUACCCCUCCAUCAGCUCCGCCACCCUGACUGGCCCCAAGUCGCUCCAGGUGACGCUGCCCGUGGCCGCCUCCGUGCCCAGCUCCGGCCUGUCCCCCGCCGACUGCAACAACAUCUUCCAGCUGUACGCCACCGGCACCACCACGCCCAAGACCGCGGCGGUCUUCUCCGCCUGCUACCUGGGCGCCGACAAGCAGACCUUCUACCUGACACUGGCCGCCGCCGCCGCCUCCACCACCAACGCCAACACGUACGCGGUCAAGGACCUGAUCAACAUCAAGGCCGGCCAGAGCCUGCUCAAGGCCGACUCGGCCACCGCCGCCAACCGCCUGGCCUUUGCGCCACUGCCCGAUGCCCUGCUGAUCCGGCCUGCCAUCACUUCGGCCGUCGCGACCACCAUCGCCUCCGCGGCGGUCAUCAAGAUGCAGCUGCCCCUCACCAGCAACCUGGGCACUGUUAACUGCGCGACAACCGGCAUCAAGGUCCGCGUGGACGACGCGACUGACAAGACCCAGGCCAACACGGGCGCUUGCUCCAUCUCAAGCGACGCCAACGGAGCCGUCCUGACGCUGACCCUGAACCAGGCCCUGGGCGCCUCCGACUUCACGACCGGCAAGGGUGUGUCCGUGGUGGUGGUUGCGACCAGCAGCGCCGACGCGACCAAGCUGCAGCUCUUCGGUGGCUCUGACAACACCGGCCCGCUGUACGUCACCGGCUCCAUUCCUGUGUACGACGUGGUCACGCCGGGCCAGAGCAUUGUGUCCGCCAAGGCCAUCGCCUCCAACCAGGUGGAGAUCAAGCUGCCGGCGCCCAGCACCAUCACCACCGGCAACACCUGCGCCAACUUCCUGGCCUUCACACCAACGCGCACCAUCAGCAGCUGCGUCUAUGACGCCGAAACGCAGCUGGUCACCGCCACCGUGGACCAGUUCGCCGCCGGGGACGCCGUCAACAUUGCAGGCGCCCCCAACCUGCUCAAGUACGCCACCGCCGCAGCCACGCUGACAGACUACGCCGCCCUGGCCGCUGCCGCCACCGUGUCGCCCGCCCUCGUGUCCGCCUACACCGUGGACAGCACCACCAUUGCGGUGGUGCUGCCCGCCACUAGCAGCUUCUACAGCGGCGCUACCAACAGCGCCACCAAGGUGGCCUCGCUCACGGACGUAGAGUGCGCCGACGUGCUGACGGUGCUCUUGGCCGGCAAGACCAACAGCGCCGGCGUCUCGGCCUGCGCCACGCCCUCCAACUGCCGCACGCUGUUCAGCGGCGCCGCCUGCCUACUGGGAACCACCAGCGCCGGCGACACCCUCCUGACCAUCAAGCUGGGCGCCUCUUACGCUGCCGGCGACGCCGUCGACGUGUGGGACAAGAACGCCGGUCUGAAUGGCGCCACUGCCGCUGCCAAGCCGCUGCGUGUGGGCACCAAUGUCCAGGCGCUGUACGUGCCUCGCCGCAUGCCCGUGGUCAUUGAGCCACGCAUUGUUUCUGCCUCCGCCACCGGUGCCCGUACCAUCGCCGUGACGCUGCCUGUGACCAGCCAGCUGAUCGACAGCACCGGCACCGUCAUCUCGGCGCCCACGCAGCAGCAGUGCGCAAGCCUUGUGGCGCUGCCUGCCGGCAAGUCCGUGGCCUCGUGCGCCAUCUCGUCCGACUUCCUCACCCUCACCCUGACGCUGGCCGCCGACUUCGCUCCGGGCGACACUGUCAACAUUGCAUCGGGCCAGACCCUGCUGCGCGCCUGGAAGUCCGACGUUGGCCCCGGCUACGAGCUGUCUGGGCCCCUGUACACGCCCUCGGCCAGCGCCGUGACCGUCACGCUCAGCUUCUUCGUGUCGGCCACUUCCACCGCUGCCAACACCAUCGUGGUGACCCUGCCCUUCCCCGUCAAGAUGUACGACCUGGCUGCCUCCCCCGCUGAGAUUCUUGCUGCCGACGGCGCCACGCCCACCAAGGACAACUGUGACAGCGUCAUCCGCGUCAUCCCCUCCGGCUCCACCAUCGCGCGGACCUUGGUCGCCCCUGGCGCUGGCGUUGCGCCCUGCGUCCUCAGCGGCAGCGGCACCACAAUCACCCUGACCCUCGACACAACCGUGAGCUCGUAUGCGACCGGCGACCGCAUCGACGUCGGCUUUGGCAACAGCGCCAACCUGCGCGGUGCAGCCACCGCCGCCGCCGUGGCCAACACCUCGCCCAAGUACACCACUGUGGCGACACUGAACGCAGCUGCCUCGGCCGCGGUCGUCACCAUUGGCCCUUCGAUUGUGUCGGCUGCCGCCGCCUCGCCCACCCAGGUCAAGGUGACUCUGUCCGCCACCGGCACCAUCACCACCACCCCGGCCACCGUGGACGACUGCAACAAGAUUGUCACCUUCACCCCCGCCAAGACCCUGGCCGCCACCUCGCCCUGCUCCGUGGCCGGCACCACGCUGACCGUGAACCUGGACAAGGCCACGCCCUACGCCGGCACUGACGCGGUCAACAUUGCGGCCGCCAACUCGCUGGCCGCCACCACCAACCCGCUCAAGGCCGGCUCGCUGGCGUUUGUGGCCAAGGCCACAGCGGUGACCAUCGACCCCAACCUGUACACCGCCACCGCCAUCGACUCGCUGGUGUACGAGGUCGCCCUGCCCGCCGCCAGCUCGGUCGGCUCCACCGCCCUCACCGCCGCUCAGUGCGGCGCCAUCCUGAGCCUCACGGGAGGCCGCACUAUCUCCUCCACCGUCACCGCCCCCUGCGUCCUGGACACCACCAAGACGCUGCUCACCGUCAGCCUCGGCACCGCCUACGCCGACGGCGACACCGUGACGCUGCAGAGCACCCAGGCCACGCCCUGGCUGCGUGCUGCCUCGGACACUGGCCCCGCCUACAAGGUCGGCAGCACUCUGAUUGUCAAGCCCACCAUCGCCUCGGCCAAGGCAACCACCGCCACCACCAUUGAGGUCACGCUUCCUGUCACCAGUGUUAUCUGGAGCACGUCUGGCGGAGCGGCAGUCAGCACUGCGCUGACCGCGACCGAGUGCGGCAAGAUCCUGUCGGUCAAGCGCGGCUCCGGCACCGUGGCCCUGUCUGCGUCCGGCGCCUGCAGCCUGUCCAGCUCCGGCAGCACCACCUUGACGGUCACCCUGGCGUCUGACCAGGUCUUCCAGGCGGGCGACAAGAUCAACAUCCUGGCCUCCAACACCGACAGCGCCAACACCGACAAGUACCUGGUGGCCACCACCAGCAGCUCGGGCCAGGCCUACAUCGCGCGCAGCUCUGACGUGGUGAUUGCGCCCGGCUUCAUCAACGCGGCCUACGCCGUCGGCCCCAACACCCUGUCGGUUGCCCUGCCCGUGGUCAGCUCCAUCGCGACGGACAACGACUGCUCGACCGUGGUCACCGUCCGCGCCUCCGCCACCCCCACCACCACUCGCACCGUGUCAGGCGCCUGCACGGUUGCCUCGGACGCCACCGGCUACUACCUGGUUGUGACGCUGGCCGCCGGCACGCCAUUCGUGUCGGGCGAUGAGGUCCUGAUCAAGAGCGGCAACACCGCCCUGGUCGGCAGCAUUGCGUACGCCAGCGGCGCAGCAGGCGCCACCAAGCCCAUCUACGCCAACUUUGAUGAUGCCAUCCUGACCGCGCCCACCACCGUGCUGGUCACGAUGGCCGCCGUCACCACCGUCAGCUUCACCUCCAAGGCCGACUGCGACGCCGUGUUUGUGUUCAGCGGCGCCGGCAACACCACCAAGACCACCAGCCCAAUUGCCAGCUGCGCCCUUGCGCCAGAUGGCCUAUCGGUCACCAUCACCCUGAGCUCGGCGGACGCCUACGUGCCCGGCGACGCAAUUAAUGUGGUCAAGGACCAGACCUCGGCCAAGGUGGGCGGCGUGGGCGGCACCAACCUGGUUCCCUACCCCACCGCCACCACCAUCUCGCCGCGCCCCUUCGGUGCCAAGGCUACCCUGGUUGCCCCCACCUCAGUCGCCUUCAGCCUGCCGGCGGUCAGCUCCCUGCCCGCCGCCACGGCCGCUGCCGACUGCAACGCCGCGGUGCGCUACACGGAUGUGGCGGGUGUGGACGCCGUCAACCCCUUCACCAGCUGCGCCCUCACGCCCGACACCAAGGGCGUGGUGCUCAACACCGCCAGCCCCAUCUACAAGGCCGGCGACGUGAUGAACAUCAAGUCCGGAAACGCAGCCGUGCGCUGGGGCCCCCAGGCCAGCGGUGCCGCCUACUACCCCGCUGCCGCCGACGUGCCGGUCUUCGCCACCGUCGCCACCGCCACCCUGGUCGACCCGUCCACUGUGGUGCUGAACUUGCCGACUGUGUCAGCCAUCCCUGACAACUUCACCGUCCCCGACUGCCUGCGCGCCAUUGAGUUCAAGACGGCUGCGGGCGUGACCAAGAACGGCACUGUGGCGUCCUGCAUGCUGAUGCCCGACCGCCUGGGCCUGCAGGUGAAGCUGCUGUCGGCUGGCAACUUCAGCGCCGGCGACACCGUCAACAUCAAGCCGGAGCAGGCCGAGCUGCGCUCCUCGGCGCUGGCCACCGGCCCCAGCUACGUGCCCAAGCUGGCGGCGCAGGUGGUGAACCCCGCGCUGUUCGCCAACGCCAACCUGACCUCCGCCACCGCCAUCACUGUGCGCCUGCCCUUCGCCAGCGCCCUGGCCACUGGCGCCGACUGCAAGGCGGUGCUGGCGCUGCUGGGUGCGGGCGGCGUGGCCAAGAACGUGAGCAGCUGCAGCCUGGGCGCCGACGGCGUGACGCUGGCGGUGACCAUCCCCGCGGCCUCGUUUGUGGGCGGCGAUGUGCUGAACAUCGUGCCCGGCCAGAGGGCCCUGACCCUGGCUGACGGCACCACCGCCUACGUGCCCUCCAAGGCCGGCGUGCUGGUCACCCCCAACAUCGUGUCCGCCACGCUCACCAACGCCACCAUCGUCACCGUCGCCCUGCCCACCGCCUCGGUCCUCACCAGCACCGCUGCCGCCGACUGCAAUGCCGCCGUGGUCAUUGCCCGCAACGGCAGCGCCGUCGCCAGCCCUCUGUCGGCCUGCGCCGUCAGCGCCGACGGCCUGAGCCUCACGCUCACCGCCGCCGCCACCUACAAGCCCAUGGCUGGUGACACGGUGGAUGUGGCUGUCAGCCAGACCGUGCUGCGUGCCGGCAGCGCCACCGGCCCGGCCUACGUGCCCCGCCCCUCACCCGCGCUCAUCACCGUGCCCUCGCCCCCGCCCUCGCCUCCCCCGUCGCCCGCGCCCUCGCCUCCCCCCUCGCCGCCGCUGUCGACCGCCAACUACUCGGCCCGCGGUCUGGCCACCGGCCCGCUGUCCUGCAACGUGCUAAUUGGCGACCUCACCGUCACCACCACCGCGGGCAACUUCACCGGCAUGGCCAGCUACGCCGGCAAGGACGCCUCCUACAAGGGCUCUUGCAAGGACGCGGUCACCGGCGCCGUGUACACGGACGACACGGUGGCCUCCACGCUGCCCGCCGGCCUGACCGGCCUGGUCCUGUCGCCCGUGACCGCGCUGGCCUCGGUGUGGGACCUGAAGAGCGUGGCCGACCUGGCCAACACCAACAAGGACUACCUGCGCCUGUUCGGCGUGCCCGUCAACGCCUCCGCCUACGGCACCGCUGUCCAGCUGCUGGCCUACGACUACUACGUCAAGGGCUUUGUGGCGCUGGAGACGCCGGCCGUGGCGGUGCUGAACGUGGAGGGCAUGGUGGCCGCCAACCUGCUCAUGUACACCAAGUUCUUUGACGGCCUGAACACCUCCGUGGCCGGCCGCGACAUCACCGCCGCGCAGGCCCUGGCCGCGGGCCAGUACGCGCUGGCGGCCGUCCUGGAGGACAGCAUCGCGCCCAUCAACACCACCGACCCCGCCAGCAUCCUGGCGCUGCUCAACGUCACCUACAGCGUCCUCACCGCCAACGCCACCAGCGCCGCCGGCCGCCGCCUGCUGCAGACGGCGCCCGCUCCGUUCACCCAGCUGCAGGCGCAGGCCACGGCCCUGGCCGCCGCCGCCGCCGGCAGCAACGCGCUGGUGGCUGCCCAGCAGGCCAGGCUGAUCACCGCCAUCAACGCCGGCACCAGCAUCUCGGCGGCCGAACUGACCAACAUCAUCAAUGAGGCCAGCAAGGUCAUUGUCGCGCAGUCGACCGUCAUUGCCACCGCCGCCACCGGCCUAGGCAGCGGCGCCAUCAGCCCUGCGUCCUUCACCAGCAGCUACACCGGCUCCGCCCUCUCCACCCUGGUGGCGCAGCAGCAGCUGGCGGCCACGCCCGGCAGCGACGUGACCGCCGGCCCCGCGCCGUCGCCUCCCUCGGACAAGAAGAAGAGCAACACGGGCCUGAUUGUGGGUCUGGUGGUGGGCCUGGUGGGCGGCGCCAUCGUCAUCACCCUCAUCGUGGUGUUCAUUGUCAUGCGCCGCCGCAAGCAGAACGUGGCGGCGGCGGGCCAGGCCACCGCCUAAUAAGGCGUGUUAAACGCAAUGCUCCAGUUAGUUGAUUUGAGUCGAUUUGUGAAUCGUACAUAGCAGAUUAGGAAGUGAACACUUCAUUGCGUGUUACCUACACAAGGGGGCUGCACACAUGCGUGACGUGUGCGACAGCCCUGCAUUCAUUGUGUGCGUGCUGUGUGUUGUCGUCUUGGCGGCCAGGUCCUAACCUCGUAAUACCACAAGACAUGAAUUCAUGUUUGUUUGGAUUGGGCGCGGCAACCCAGAUUGUUGGCCCUGAAACCGGAGACGACCUAAGACUGACUUCAGCCCCAGAAGGGCGUUUGUAAUCCGUGUGGUUCAUGGUAACGUUUCAGGUCUUGUGCACUUGGGAUGCUAGCGCGGAAGGGUAGGUUGUGGAAGGGGAAAGAUGGGUGGCAUCACACGUGCAACCUAGCCUGUAACAGCCUGCCAGC